AUGGUUGACGUUCAUCUCUCAUGCGUUCUCUAAACUGCCUACUCUGAGAAACCAGACUGAACACACAGAAAACACUGAGAGGAGAGAAACUGCCUUUACAACUACCUAAAUAAAUACAUACUAAAAACAGGGACCUCAAGCUGCUGCUUAAUCACACUACGUUUUUAACAAUCAGAAUCAAAAGUGAAAGUUAACUUUUGUACAAGGUUCGGUCAUUCCAUAGGAGGGAUUGUCACGAGGACAGAAUGGCUUCCAGAUUCUCUCUCCCAGAGGACGAUCUAUCCUGUGCUGUGUGCUGUGACAUCUUCAAGGAUCCGGUCAUCCUGUCAUGUAGUCACAGCUUCUGUAAAGCCUGUCUGCAGGAAUACUGCAGGGGGAAGGCAGGAAAGGAAUGUCCAGUUUGCAGGAGAAGAUCUUCAAGGGCAGAUCCUCCCUGUAACCUGGUCUUAAAGAACCUGUGUGAGGCAUUCUUACAGGAGAGGAGUCGGAGAGAUUCAGGGGAGUCUGAGGAGCGCUGCAAUCUGCACAACGAGACACUCAAGCUCUUCUGUCUGGAGGAUAAACAGCCCAUCUGUGUGGUGUGCCAGGCCUCCAGAAAACACAAAAACCAUGACUGCUGCCCCAUAGACGAAGCUGCACAGGACCACAGGGAAGAACUCCAGACUGUCCUAAAGCCCUUACAGAAGAAGCUGAAGGUCUUUAAUGAAGUUAAAGAAAUCUGUGAUGAAACAGCAAAGCAUAUUAAAAGCCGGGCCCAGAGCACAGAGAGACUGAUUAGAAAGGAGUUUGAGAAGCUCCACCAGUUUCUACGAGAGGAAGAGGAGGUGAGGAUAGCUGUUCUGAGGGAGGAAGAGGAGCAGAAGAGUCAGAUGAUGAAGGAGAAGAUUGAGGAGAUGAGCAGAGAGAUAUCAUCACUUUCAGACACAAUCAGAACCCUAGUGGGGGAGCUGAGAGCUGAAGACAUCUCAUUCCUGCAGAACUAUAAGUCCACAGUGGUAAGAACCCAGUGCACACUGCCGGAUCCACACCUGGUCUCAGGUGCGCUGAUAGACGUGGCCAAACACCUGGGAAACCUGCAGUUCAGAGUCUGGGAGAAGAUGCAGGGGAUUGUGACAUACAAUCCUGUGAUUCUGGACCCCAACACUGCCAACCCAAUUCUUAUCCUGUCUGAGGAUCUGACCAGUGCCAUAUACAAUGAAGAGAGACAGCAGCUUCCUGAUAACCCAGAGAGGUUUAAUUUCUAUAACAUGGUAUUGGGCUCUGAGGGCUUUAACUCAGGUGCACACAGCUGGGACGUUGAGGUUGGGUUCAACAUAGCCCUGGGUGUGAUAGCAGAGUCUGUCCAGAGGAAGAAAAAAGUAGAAAGUGGAUUCUGGUGUUUAAGCCUUUGGUGUGUAAGCCACUGUGAUGCUUAUGCUUAUGAUGUUGGUGGUGAUAUUAGAUAUAAAGUAGAGUCCCCACCAAGGCCAGACAUCCAGCUCACAUUGAGAAAGAAACCCCAGAGGAUCAGAGUGCAGCUGGACUGGGACAGAGGAACGCUGUCAUUCUCUGACCCUGAUAAUAACACAUGUUUACACACUAUUACACACACUUUCACUGAGAGAGUCUUUCCGUACCUUCUCAAUGAAUGUGCCCUCCAGCCUCUGAGGAUAUUACCAGGGAAGGCCUCUGUAUAGGUGGAACAUAACACUUAGAGCCUCUGUAUAGGUGGAACAGAACACUUAGAACCUCUGUCUAUAACGGUGGAACAGAACACUUAGAACCUCUGUCUAUAAUGGUGGAACAGAACACUUAGAGCCUCUGUCUAUAAUGGUGGAACAGAACACUUAGAACCUCUGUCUAUAUCGGUGGAACAGAACACUUAGAGCCUCUGUCUAUAACGGUGGAACAGAACACUUAGAACCUCUGUCUAUAAUGGUGGAACAGAACACUUAGAACCUCUGUCUAUAAUGGUGGAACAGAACACUUAGAACCUCUGUCUAUAUCGGUGGAACAGAACACUUAGAGCCUCUGUCUAUAAUGGUGGAACAGAACACUUAGAACCUCUGUCUAUAUCGGUGAAACAGAACACUUAGAACCUCUGUCUAUAAUGGUGGAACAGAACACUUAGAACCUCUGUCUAUAUCGGUGGAACAGAACACUUAGAACCUCUGUCUAUAUCGGUGGAACAGAACAAUUAGAGCCUCUGUCUAUAACGGUGGAACAGAACACUUAGAACCUCUGUCUAUAACGGUGGAACAGAACACUUAGAGCCUCUGUCUAUAACGGUGGAACAGAACACUUAGAGCCUCUGUCUAUAACGGUGGAACAGAACACUUAGAGACUCUGUCUAUAACGGUGGAACAGAACACUUAGAGCCUCUGUCUAUAAUGGUGGAACAGAACACUUAGAACCUCUGUCUAUAAUGGUGGAACAGAACACUUAGAACCUCUGUCUAUAACGGUGGAACAGAACACUUAGAGCCUCUGUCUAUAAUGGUGGAACAGAACACUUAGAACCUCUGUCUAUAUCGGUGAAACAGAACACUUAGAACCUCUGUCUAUAAUGGUGGAACAGAACACUUAGAACCUCUGUCUAUAUCGGUGGAACAGAACACUUAGAGCCUCUGUCUAUAAUGGUGGAACAGAACACUUAGAACCUCUGUCUAUAUCGGUGAAACAGAACACUUAGAACCUCUGUCUAUAAUGGUGGAACAGAACACUUAGAACCUCUGUCUAUAUCGGUGGAACAGAACACUUAGAACCUCUGUCUAUAUCGGUGGAACAGAACAAUUAGAGCCUCUGUCUAUAACGGUGGAACAGAACACUUAGAACCUCUGUCUAUAACGGUGGAACAGAACAAUUAGAGCCUCUGUCUAUAACGGUGGAACAGAACAAUUAGAACCUCUGUCUAUAAUGGUGGAACAGAACACUUAGAACCUCUGUCUAUAUCGGUGGAACAGAACACUUAGAGCCUCUGUCUAUAAUGGUGGAACAGAACACUUAGAACCUCUGUCUAUAUCGGUGAAACAGAACACUUAGAACCUCUGUCUAUAAUGGUGGAACAGAACACUUAGAACCUCAGUCUAUAUCGGUGGAACAGAACACUUAGAACCUCUGUCUAUAUCGGUGGAACAGAACAAUUAGAGCCUCUGUCUAUAACGGUGGAACAGAACAAUUAGAGCCUCUGUCUAUAACGGUGGAACAGAACACUUAGAACCUCUGUCUAUAACGGUGGAACAGAACAAUUAGAGCCUCUGUCUAUAACGGUGGAACAGAACACUUAGAACCUCUGUCUAUAACGGUGGAACAGAACAAUUAGAGCCUCUGUCUAUAACGGUGGAACAGAACAAUUAGAACCUCUGUCUAUAAUGGUGGAACAGAACAAUUAGAGCCUCUGUCUAUAACGGUGAAACAGAACACUUAGAGCCUCUGUCUAUAAUGGUGGAACAGAACACUUAGAACCUCUGUCUAUAAUGGUGGAACAGAACACUUAGAACCUCUGUCUAUAUCGGUGGAACAGAACACUUAGAGCCUCUGUCUAUAAUGGUGGAACAGAACACUUAGAACCUCUGUCUAUAUCGGUGAAACAGAACACUUAGAACCUCUGUCUAUAAUGGUGGAACAGAACACUUAGAACCUCUGUCUAUAUCGGUGGAACAGAACACUUAGAACCUCUGUCUAUAUCGGUGGAACAGAACAAUUAGAGCCUCUGUCUAUAACGGUGGAACAGAACACUUAGAACCUCUGUCUAUAACGGUGGAACAGAACAAUUAGAGCCUCUGUCUAUAACGGUGGAACAGAACAAUUAGAGCCUCUGUCUAUAUCGGUGGAACAGAACACUUAGAGCCUCUGUCUAUAAUGGUGGAACAGAACACUUAGAGCCUCUGUCUAUAACGGUGGAACAGAACACUUAGAACCUCUGUCUAUAACGGUGGAACAGAACAAUUAGAGCCUCUGUCUAUAACGGUGGAACAGAACAAUUAGAGCCUCUGUCUAUAACGGUGGAACAGAACACUUAGAACCUCUGUCUAUAACGGUGGAACAGAACACUUAGAACCUCUGUCUAUAACGGUGGAACAGAACAAUUAGAGCCUCUGUCUAUAACGGUGAAACAGAACACUUAGAGCCUCUGUCUAUAAUGGUGGAACAGAACACUUAGAACCUCUGUCUAUAACGGUGGAACAGAACACUUAGAACCUCUGUCUAUAACGGUGGAACAGAACACUUAGAGCCUCUGUCUAUAACGGUGGAACAGAACACUUAGAGCCUCUGUCUAUAAUGGUGGAACAGAACACUUAGAACCUCUGUCUAUAUCGGUGAAACAGAACACUUAGAACCUCUGUCUAUAAUGGUGGAACAGAACACUUAGAACCUCUGUCUAUAAUGGUGGAACAGAACACUUAGAACCUCUGUCUAUAUCGGUGGAACAGAACAAUUAGAGCCUCUGUCUAUAACGGUGGAACAGAACACUUAGAGCCUCUGUCUAUAACGGUGGAACAGAACACUUAGAACCUCUGUCUAUAAUGGUGGAACAGAACACUUAGAACCUCUGUCUAUAAUGGUGGAACAGAACACUUAGAACCUCUGUCUAUAUCGGUGGAACAGAACAAUUAGAGCCUCUGUCUAUAACGGUGGAACAGAACAAUUAGAGCCUCUGUCUAUAACGGUGGAACAGAACACUUAGAACCUCUGUCUAUAUCGGUGAAACAGAACACUUAGAGCCUCUGUCUAUAAUGGUGGAACAGAACACUUAGAACCUCUGUCUAUAACGGUGGAACAGAACACUUAGAACCUCUGUCUAUAACGGUGGAACAGAACACUUAGAGCCUCUGUCUAUAACGGUGGAACAGAACAAUUAGAGCCUCUGUCUAUAACGGUGGAACAGAACACUUAGAGCCUCUGUCUAUAACGGUGGAACAGAACACUUAGAACCUCUGUCUAUAACGGUGGAACAGAACAAUUAGAGCCUCUGUCUAUAACGGUGGAACAGAACAAUUAGAGCCUCUGUCUAUAACGGUGGAACAGAACACUUAGAACCUCUGUCUAUAACGGUGGAACAGAACACUUAGAACCUCUGUCUAUAACGGUGGAACAGAACAAUUAGAGCCUCUGUCUAUAACGGUGGAACAGAACACUUAGAACCUCUGUCUAUAACGGUGGAACAGAACACUUAGAACCUCUGUCUAUAACGGUGGAACAGAACACUUAGAACCUCUGUCUAUAACGGUGGAACAGAACAAUUAGAGCCUCUGUCUAUAACGGUGGAACAGAACACUUAGAACCUCUGUCUAUAAUGGUGGAACAGAACAAUUAGAGCCUCUGUCUAUAACGGUGGAACAGAACACUUAGAGAUGAUACUGGCGAAGGUUAUUUGUGUUUCUUGUCUCAGUUAUGAAUUGCUCUAAGCAGAAGGAAGGCAAAGCCUGGGAAGCAAUACAUUGGAUUUUAAGUAGACACAUUCAUUUUGUUAUUUUUGAAUGUAGCUGAAGCUAUGGUUGUUUUUAAAUCCAUGAGCCACGAAAAAAUUUCUUCAGUUUUCCCCCCUAUAAAUGACUAUAAUCUUCUUGAGAAUGUUGUACUUUUUUUCAAUUUUUACUUGCAUUGUUUAUUUUCUUUAUAAUAUUGAAUUUGAUUGGCUGAAAAUAAUAUAUAGUUUUAUUCUGUUGUAAAAUGAAUGUUAAUAAAAACAUAUUUGUUGAUUAA